GCCUGGAAAUGACCUGUGCAAGCAUUGAGUAGUGAACGCCUCCCCCUUCUCAUAAGGCUCCACCCAUGCCACAGAUCCACCAUGCUGUAUGGCCAGAUCCUUCACAGGCGUGGCACAGACGAAAGCUUCCUCAACAUUAACGUGGGCGGCUUUAAGCAGCAUGUGGAGCGCAGCAUCCUGCAGCGCUUCCCCAGGACCCGCCUGGGGUGCCUGUUGGGCUGCGUCUCCGAGGAGGCCAUCCUGGAGCUUUGCGAUGACUUCAGCCCCACCGACAAGGAGUACUAUUUUGACCGCAACCCGCAUUUCUUCCGCUAUGUCCUUAACUUCUACCAUACGGGCAAGAUCCACCUGAUGGAGGAGCUGUGUGUCUUCUCCUUCAGCCAGGAGAUUGAGUACUGGGGCAUCAAGGAGCUCCACCUGGACUCCUGCUGCAGCAACAAGUUUCAAGAGCAGAGGGAGUUUGCAGAGGACAAGGACUGGGACCGGAGAAGCGAUGAGCAACAUCAGCAGUUCAGGAGCAUUGACUCAUCCAUGGAGGAUCUCUCAACUAUAGACCAGGACUUGGAGAAGUUUGAGGGUACCUGGUGCUCGGAGGUCCGCAAGAACAUCUGGCUGCGCCUGGAGAACCCAGGCUACUCACGUUUGGCUAAGGUGAUCGCUGUGGCCUCACUGGCCAUGGUGCUGACCUCCAUCGUGGCCAUGUGCAUCCACAGCAUUCCCGAGUUCCACCAGGUGGACCUCAAUGACAAGGAGAUUGAAGACCCAGUGCUGGCUAUCUUCGAGGCUGUGUGCGUUGUCAGCUUCUCUGUGGAGUUCCUGGUACGGCUUUCCGUGGCACCGUGCCCCCGGAAAUUCCUGAGUAACGCGCUCAACAUCAUCGACUUUGUGUCCAUCGUGCCUUUCUACGCCACGUUGGCCUUCGAGAUGGUGGACGAGGAGAACGAGGAGCUGGAAAACGUGGGGAAGGUAGUGCAGAUCCUGCGGCUGAUGCGCAUGUUCCGCAUCCUCAAGCUGGCCCGCCACUCAGCGGGGCUGCGCUCGUUGGGUGCCACGCUAAGGCAUAGCUACCAUGAGGUGGGCCUCCUGAUGCUCUUUCUCUAUGUGGGCAUUUCCAUCUUCUCCACCCUCAUCUACUUUGUGGAGAAGGAGUCAGAGGAGUCGGACAUAACGACCAUCCCUGUGGGCUGGUGGUGGGCCACUAUUAGCAUGACGACGGUGGGCUACGGCGACACCUGCCCAGUGACGGUGUUAGGGAAGCUAGUGGCAACCCUGUGCAUCAUCUGUGGGCUGCUGGUGGUGGCCCUGCCUAUCACCAUUAUCUUCAACAAGUUCUCCAUGUACUACCAAAGGCAAAAGGCCAUGGAUGCUGAUCAGACCAAUAAUGAGGCGGACCAAUGCAAUAAUAACGAUAUUGAGAUCCCCGACCCCAGUAUACCUUACCUUAAUGCUGGGGACCUGUACACCCAAAAGAUGAACUCAUUCAUCGCCAGUAUCUCUGUCAGGAGCAGCAUCGGCAGUGAUAAGGACACAGACAUCUCGAGUAUCCAGGAUGGAGAGACGACUUGUAUCCUGAGGGGCACUUGAGAGCUCAACUUACUAGACUUAAACCCUUUUACUCCUUGAGGAGCAUAGGUCAUCCACAAAUUAUCUUCUUAACUUUUGGGCCAGUUUCUCAAGUUCCAUGGGUAGUUCAGUUCUUCAAUCUUUACAUUACAGAUCUUCUCCAGGUGUUCCUUGGUCUCCCACGGUUUCCUUUACCUUGUGGGAUCCAUAUAAGGGACUGGAACAGUGGAUGCUGACUUUCUUGGAGUGUGGCCACAGUUGAGAGCGAGGAGGAGAAAUAGUACCACCCUGCUUUCACCUGAGGCUUUUGAAAUAGCUGUACAUGGCCAAAAGCACUCUCCGGUUCCCAGGGUGAAAAUAAGUGUGCUGUAUCUCUCCACGUUCUUGUCCUUAGAGACUACGAUCCAUUAGGCCUAAG